UGAAAUACUGCAUCAGUUAAGAACAGCCAAUUCUUGAUACUGAGGCAAUCUUUCCAAUAUAUUGAGCUUUCUGCCAUGGAACAUAAACAAUUAAGAAGGCACAAUCUUGUUCCCAUUAAAGUCAAAGUUUUCUUUAAGCUUUUUGGAAAGGUUUACCAGAGAUUUCAUUGAAGAAGUAUUAAUGACCCAUGUGACAAUGGCAGAAAGUGGUAGGCAGGAAAAGGCAAGAUGGAUCACAACUGUUAUCAUGAGUUCAGCUCUCCAGAGUCAUGAAGUUUCAGCAUCUCUACAGAGUCAACACAACAGAGUUCGAUAUUCAGAUUCGGUGGAAAAUGGAUCCAUGAUUUUUUCUCUUUCUGGCAUUGCAUUUCUAUUGGCAGACACACAAGAUGUGUUUAAGACAGGAGGAGAACUGUUUUUAGACAGAACUGAGAAGUUCAUAAACAUUCAUCGGAAUAGUUUUUUGCUUUUGUCAGCUGCCUUGCAUGGACCAAAAGAAUGGGAUUUAAUGUUCAGGAUUCAGAAAAGAUUCCUGGGCAGUAAUUUACGUGUAAUUCCAGUUCAUAACACUGCUGAAACAGUUAAACUCAUGCUAACUAUAGCCAAGAUCACCUGCAAACCACAAAUAGACAACAUUCGCUACAGAAUGCUAAUGGCAAAAGCCCAGAUCAUAGACCAGAGUCCAGUUUGGAAAAUGCUUCACAAGAUCCAGUUGGAUUAUAACUAACUUAGUACC